AUGAUUACCAAAACAAAAAAGAUGGCUGAAGCAGUCAGGCCUAAAGUGCGAAAGAUAAACAAAAAAAGAAAAGAGCCAAAGCCCAAGACAGAUGAAGCAGAUACUAGAAUAGAAGACGUUAGCUUGGUACCAGCAGAUAACAAUGUUGAGAAAGUUGAGGAACUUGAUGGAAAUAGCUCAGUAAACCAAACCCAGCCAGAGGCAUCAACUACUUUGACACCAGCAGUAGAUGAUGAUAAAAAUGUCCAGCCUGAUGAUCACCCUAAAAUUGACUCCAGCCCAGAAAAACAACUGAUUUCUCAGCCUUGUGAAGUACUUAGUAAGCCUAUACAGCUCAUCUCUCAGCCUUGUGAAGCUCCUAGUGAGCCUGUAGCCCCUGAUGUGGGUGUUGAGCAAAGACAGCCAACUAGUUACCCUAAGGUAUCAGAAGUGGAAGACCCUCACAGUUCUAUACAAAGACCACAAAGCCUAGCCACAUUAACUAGUAGUCUUAAAACUUUGUCUGUGAAUAAUGCACCAGAAGAAUUUGUUACCCUCUCCUCUGAUACAGGUCAACACACACAGAAGGUUUCAGGUUUACUAUUUUCACCAGAUGUUAUUGAAGAUCCCGACACACCUAUGUCCAGAACAACCUCACCCAAUUCACCUAAACCAGUGGCAGAAGCAAUAAAACAUUCUCCUACUGUUCCAACUUUGGUGUUAGAAGAGAAAAGCCCAAGUUUGUUAGCACAAGAAUCAUUAGCAAGAAGACAGUUUUUUAAUGUAGAGUCACGUGCAGUUCAAGCCUUGCCAGAUCAGCCAGACACCCAAGAGACAUUACCAUCAAAUUUAAAUUGUGCAGCUUUAGAUGCUGCAGAGCAGAGUAAAACAGCUGUGGUUGUGACACAAGAGCCAGAAGAAAAUGUCCAAUCCCCUGUUGAAAACACAAAGAGUGUUGCCCAGAGUAGUGAAAGCAGUCGAGUAUCUUAUCCUCGGCUUGAGCUGGAAAAAUCUAAAGAGAGAAGCAAAGCCCAAGUAGGACCUAUGCCACUCUCAGAUGUACUUGCUCUUUAUUAUAACCCACAACUCGCAAAUAAUGAGAGAUUUGUUGAUGACUUUAUAAAGGCAGAAAAUAAUAAGGAGCAACACGAGUUUCAUGAGAUUUUAUUAAGUUAUUUUCGAGCCAGGCACCAACUUACAAGUGUGGAAGAAGACAUCAGAACAUUGCAAAAAAAAUGUGCAUCUUUACUCAAUGAUGUUUGGAUUACACAUACCAAAAACGUCAUUGUGCAGGGCCAUUGUGCAGAUCAAGCCCGUGUCCAGACAACCCACUCGUAUGAACAGUGUCAGUUUGUUCCCGUUGCCCUCUCUAAGAUUGGUGUAACACUAGAGAGCAUUAGACAACAGAUCAGUGACAACUUGGCUCUUUUUGCAUAUACUUCUCAGAUUUCUAAAUUGCAAGUUGAGUCCUACAUUCACAAUUUAUAUCUAUCAUGCCCUGUUCUUCAUGACCUUCCUAAAAAUGCCACUAUUCAAUCACGUCAACAGUCUUUAGCAUCUGAACGUCAUGACAUACAGAGAUUGAAAGAUUGCAUUAGUAUUCUUUUUAUGUUUCAUCGCAAACCAACCCAUGAUACUGAAUUUGUCAACAGCAUCCGUCAGUGGACAAUUAAACUGACUUCGUUUCUACUUCGGGUUGGCACCUUCUCAGAUCAGUUGUUUAUUUUGAAUCACCUCCUGCGCUGUCCAGCAGGGGUUGGAAAAUGGGCUGUAGAGUUACUGCAGUUCCCUCCCCUCAGUUGUAGCCCUCUUCAACACCAGAACAGUUUGGGGAAUCCUGUCAUUGAGCACCUCGUUACUGCCUUGGCCACCAUUUUGUUACCUGUCAAAGCUAGAGAAGAAUUCAUGUGCCACAUGAAACUGAACAUCACAGAACAGAGCAUUCAGGAAGAAAGAGCUUGGAUACUUGUUGACUCUGAUGGAGAAGAGGAUGAAGACCCAUCCAAUUCCUGGUUGUAUCUCCAUGAGAAUGACAUUGUGUCUUUCCUUGGUCAGUUUCCACUUGCUGACCUUUUUUCUUCAAUUCUUCUGGCAACUAUCUCAGACACAGGAUCUGUAGAUUACGACAUCCGUAGGAGCACAGAGCCUAUGAUGAUUCGUCUUUUUUCAUUUACCACUGUCUUAAUACAACUCAUUGGUAAUGGACUAGCUACAUACAGCAUGGCACGCUAUAGACAACUGAAUAAGCGGCUUGGAAGACUUAUCAGACAAACAAUAUCCUUUGUAUCUGACCACUGGCUGAACUUCAGGACCUACUACGGGCCGCUAGCUCCACAAGCCAGCAUAGAGAACCUCCAGAUAGAGUUUGAUCAGUUGUUCAUGCGGGCCACUUACAGCAUACUUACUGCUCAGAAACUUGGCUCAUGGCAGUUCAUGGCAGACAUGCCAUACACCUGUGUCUCCAUCGACAGUAUGUGGCAGCUGUUGUGGGUGCUUCACCAGGGAGAGGGCAUUAACCUCGACAUGUUGCCCCCAGUAGCAUCCUGUAAAUCUUACUUAAAGGGGCCAGAUAGCUGGCAGCAACUGGCUGAUAACUUGAUGCAUAUGCCAACAUCAGAGGCCAUUUAUCUCCUAACAACAUUUGCCAACAUGGCAGGUUGUCGCUCUUCAGAAGAGGAGGAGUUUAUACGCCUGAUCACAUUAGAAGUUUUUGAGAUUGCCUAUAUCUGUAACCAUACACGGGAGUUCUGCUCAAAAGUAGGUCGUGAACUUUUGUCCAGCAUCAUCCAGAUUCACCCUCAUGCUUUCAGCUUUUUGCUGGGUCGGGUUAAAGAGGUCAUGGACAAACUUGGCAAGAUGGCCCUCUACCUCUUUCAUGAGCUCCCCAUUUGCAUCUGGCAGCCCACUGACCCUGACAUGUUGACACUAAGGCAGUGGCUCUUGAACUUUGACCUAAACUCCUCAGAGAAUCAGCUGGCGCAGGUUGUCUUAAGCAAGAUGAACUGGGAUGUCUUUGAGGAGUCUGGGCGUUUGGUUGUGGAUAUAAGAUUUCAUCGACAAAUGGCACUUCUCUUGGUUGAGGCUUACACCAAGUUUAUUGCUGAUAAAAAAGCUGGAUUCUUUAUAACAGAAGGGAUGAAACUAAUGGCCUCUUAUGUAACAUCUGUCCAAAGUCCAGAGCAGAAAUUCAACAACUGGGCGUGGGAGUUGGCCCUGAGACUGAAGCUCCACCAGAGGAGUGUAGUGCUACAUUCGUCCAGGGCUGUUGAUGCCAGAUUUCAACCUCCUGUCUUUGGAGCUGAUGCUUGGUUAUCUCCCCUGCAGCGGGCCACAUCAAACAAAACUCCCAUCGCUUGUUUUGUGGCCAUCACAAUGACCAACAUUGGCCAUGAUGUAGCAACAUUUAUAUCAGAGGGUCUGGACCUGCUGUCAGUCCUGACAGGCAGCUGCCAGUACACAACAGCCAUACAUGCCCUCGGCUGCAUUGUGCCACUCUACUUGGACACACAGGACUACUUGCUGGAGAACAACACGUUCUGUCAGAUCCUCCAGACAUUGUUGAUGGCAGAUGAGUCGCUGAUCAAGUCAACCAAGUCAACAAUCAUGACUGUAGAGUUCCCUGGGAUAGUCACCAAACAGCUGACUGAGAUGAUCCAGGCCUCCAUCACAAGUCACCUCACCCUACUGAAGGCAGAUCAAGUCAUCAUUUUUUGGUUGAAAGCAAUUUUCAAAGUUUGUAAAUUCUUCACUGACAGGAACAGCUGCUAUGUGGCUGACACAUUGAUUCGCUGGAGCUUUGUUAAAAAGGGGGUCCUGGAUAUUGUCACCGACAUUUUCAAGGAAAACUACAAGAAGUUUUGUGCUGCAGCCAAGAACCGGCAGAGCCUGGUGACAUCUAUUUUUAGCUGGAUCGCCAACACCAACACCCUCCCCUCCUACAUGGACAGUGCCUCCCUGCCAGAGUUCCCCUGGCUGGCUUACAUCAUCCUGAUGGUGGAGGGGGAGCAGGAGGUCAACUCACGUCUCUGGCAGACCCUGGUCAUGGAGCUGCAUGCCCACAGCAGGCCCAACAUAGAGAUGGCUCUAAAGGCUGCUGUCCUGAAGCUCCAGCUUGACCAGGCGCCGUCCGCCAGUCGUCUGACCAUCUUCAGGUGGGCCCAGCAAGCACUGGACACGCCCUUUGAUCACCCUUUGUUGCCAGUUCUGUGGCAGAGGUUUUUUGGGCUGUUUCUUGGAAGACAGGUGUUUGAAUCAAGCCCAGCACAGAGGACAAGCGUGGGCGAGAGGUUCUUUGAAAACAUUUACUACACCAGCAUGUUGAAGAAAAUGAGAAAAUAUUUGUCUGACGCGGCAAAGUUUCACUUAAGUUUUGACCCCGCCCAGGGAGGAAUGAAAAAAAGAAAUUCGUCACAAAGUUCUCCUGGAACCCCUCCAGGGGGAGAUGAGAACUUUGAGUUUGGAUCAGGGACGGAACAGGAGAGCAUGGAAUACACAAGUUCCAAGGAGUUUCAUCAGAUGUUGGCCAGGCUGUACCAGACGUACCAACUGUGGCUGGAGGAACCACGUCUGCAUGACGGGAACUUGUAUCUUCCUGCUUUACCUGUUCAGUACGAGGCUGCUAGACUCAACCAGGUGUUCCAAGGAUUUAUGGGACCAUGGUAUGAGUUUAUGGACCUGGAGGGUGUUCAGUACAACCUCAGCUGUUUGGCAGCAGACUGGAAGAAGCGUCUGACAUCUGCCAAAUCUGCUGCAGUUGAGGCAGCUGUCAGGAAACAUUCCAUGAACUUGGCUGGAAAUGCAACUGAGAGAAUCACACGACGGCUGCAGAGGUAUGAAACUCCCAAGCCUCCUCCCCCCCUACAAAACAUACAGAGUGCUGUGCCCAUGAUAAACUCCGGCAUUGUUGAUGAGAAGUCUUUGUUUCUCAGUCUAGUGCGAGCAGAUCUAGAGAUUCUCCUACAGUUUACUAAAAUAUUCUCAGCCCGUCUUGCCCACCACUGUGCUCUGGACUACAAUUUCACGGAGUUACUGCCCAGUUUGUACUCAAACAUCACAAAAACAAUCCCUAUAACAGCUGAGUGUAAAAGUAAAGUGAAUCCCUUACACAGAUGCAGUGGGCCAGCUAUUCUACCUGUCACGAUUGAGGUGAAAGAACUGAAUGAGAUCAUCCAGAGAAGGCUGGAUGAGAACAGAGUGGAGCACAAACAGGUCAUGAUAGAGUCUCUCCUGCCAACAGCCCCAAACAUCUGUGUAGCUGUUGUACACACGGAGAAUGCUAUCACGUGCCUGAUCAAACAAAGUCAAACAACAACAGAUGCAGCCCGCGCAGAGCGUCUGAAUGACAUUGGCUGCACCCUGUUCUUUUAUCUGGUCAACCUGGUGUCUGAUGAAACAGAUUUCUACCCACCCUCCCGCCAGUUUCUUACCUCCUGUAUUGAGAUCCUGGGACAGGAGUUUGUCAGCCGAGACAAGAGUCAGACCUCGACAGUCCUGCAGCUGUGCCUGGACAAGCCGUCCAUUUCUGGCCUGGUCUCCCCCCACUUUGUCCCCAACAGCUGCCCAGAGAAGCUGGUCAUCAUGUAUGGUCAGCUGCUCAACGUCCUGCAGUCUCAGAACAUGGAGCUGGGCUUCAUGCUGCUCACCAAGUUUAACAUCCAACAAUGGCUGCUGUUAACUCCCCCUGCUGAAGCUGAGAGAAAAAUUCUGAUAGAAACUUUGGGGUCUGCCAUCCUAACCUGUGGCACUGAGACCAAACCUGAAACCAAGUUGGUUUUUGAGCUCUACCUGAGUCAUCUGAAGACAGUACUAGAGAGUAACUUCCCCUUGAACUUGUACAAUGUGCUACACAUAAUCCUACAAGGCUCAGCAUCUGACCAGCUCCACCCUCAAGUCUGGCAACUCCUGCUCAUGUCCUGCUUCACCAGCCACCUGCUCUACCAAGAUGGUGGCCAGAGGGACAGCACUGACACGUUUGAUGGCCAGCUAGUGGACGACUGUUGUGACUCACCCCUACACACUGCUCAGGUGAAAGAACUUUUAGACUGGCUGAGCUCAUUUUUCUUGCAUGGACGAAUGAAUGACAGCAAGAACUUGACCUUUGGCCUGUACUCCCAUUGGAGCAGAUACACAGUGUACAUCAGCAAACUGAUUGGGGUGUUGUGUCGCAGCUACACCACCAAGAUCAUCAAUGGCUCCGAGGGCAUGUCCACAUACCAAAUUGUGGAGCUAAUUUGGCAUCCCGUGCUGGUAGUUUUCUCCCCCUGGCUCCAGCCUCUCAUGCAGACCAGUGGCAGUCUGGCCAUGCCCUGGGUGGACACUGAUGACACCUCUGCCCAGUACAUGGUCUCAGCUUUUUGCAAAUGUGUCUUGUACAUCUACCAGCUCAUGGAUCGAAAAUUCCCCAACAAUGGCAGCGGUGUCUUGUCCUUACUGCUGAUGUACUACAUGACUGGCCUGAGUACCAAGACAACCCCAGCCCACAUCAUCUCAGUCUUGGUGUCAGAGUUCAAGGUCUUGCCCUGGGAGGAGCUGCGGCCUGACCUACAGCUGCUGGAGACUAUGACCAAGAUGAAAGAGAUUGCUGCCCCUUGCUGUUUCUCCCUCUUGGGCCAGAUUGUACCCCAGGUCCAGUGGCCAGAUGUUAUCAACUACUACAUGACACAACCAAAUCUAGAGAUGGCUUCAUGCAUGCAGGAAAAUCUGGCAGUCCUACUCAUCCAGUGCUAUGUUGAUACUGAACAUGGAGAGAAGCCAGAGAUGUACAACUUGCUGCUGACCGCUGAGAAAUAUGACUGGCACCUGGUGACACCUGAAGGCUUCACACGUGUCUGUAACUGGUUCCUGCAGCUCUGUGAUGCCAAGUGUGUUCUGGCAGAGAGGUCAUCCAGGCUGGCCUUAGGAAUCAGGCUACUGAAACAAAUUUCUGGCUUUGGGCCUGAAACUCCAUGGAGCGGUCAAGUUUCAUUAAAGAGACAAACCUAUGUCCACUGCAUCAUGCAGCAGCUGUGUCAUGUGACCUACAUGCAAGGUGUCAGUCCAGACAUGCUGAGCACAGUCCUGGUCAACCUGCUCUCUGAUGUGGAGGCCAUGGAGACUGCAGUUCCAGAUGUAACAAGUCAAGAGAUGGAGUCCAACAAUUUAUUAAAAGAGAUCCUAAGUCUCCUAAACAACAGCAACCCUGAGGGUCAGUGGCUGGAGACCAUCAUGUCGGCCUUCACUGGCUGGCUGCGCUCGUCACCCCACAGUUUACUGCUGGUGCCCUGCAUGAAGGCAGCGUCAAGGUCUCUGGCCUCACUCAAGCAGAUGUCUGCGGUCAUAGAGGCUGGCAUUGAGGUCUACUUUGUUGGAUUGGACAUGUCCAGCACUGACCUGAAGGGCUGGCCAUUCAUCCUGACAGUGUUCCAGGUCCCUGAGCUCAACCAGGCUGGCUACGUCCAGGACUCGCUGGCAGAGAGCGCCUUCCUGGUGCUCUAUGCCUACCUACAACACAAGCUGCCAUUUUGUCAGAAGCUCAGUGAUGAGCUCUUGAUUAUGGACGAAAUUUUAGAGUGGUCAACAAAAGCCCAGCCCAGCGCUGUUGAUGAAUCUAAGCUCAUUCUGUGGUGGCAUCUCCUUCUGCGGCUGUUUGUAAGACAAGUAGAGUUCUCUCCCCCUCCCCUGACUGGGACCAUCAACAAGAUGAGCAGGUUCAUCAGUUACCUUAAUGAAGUUGGACUUGAAAGGACAAAUAAAGGAAUUCUGGGUGCCCUGGGCUUAGGUCAAAGGUCACCAUUGUCUCAAAAAAUGCGCCUGCUCGCCAAGACUCUGUCAGUAUUUCUUGCCUCUCAGAUUGUGAGCGCUGACACCCUCAGGACAAACUCAGCAUCACGCCAGUCCAGCAGCUCCAGCUGUAAUGAGCUGAAGGCCCUAAGAAAACAUAAACUUUAUUCCCAGAUGGCAUCAACCAUUGAUAGCUCAAUCACGUUCAUUCAAGAUCCAAACCACACCAUACAUCAUGUAAUGACAUUAUUUGCCAGAGUCGUCAAAGAUUUAUUUGUGGACAAGAAGUAUUUGUGUGAUGUUAUUAACCUUACAUAAAACGACCAGGUACAGCAAUCUGAAAAUACCGUGGUCAGUCAUCACAUGAUGUCAAUACUGAGUCAACAUGUUGACAGGAAAAAGUUGUCCAUGUUCUGCCAAAUGAAGUUGCCAUAGAUCAACACAGAAAUGCAACUCUUCUAGCCUGAAGUUUUCUUGAUGGUUGUUGUUGCAAUGGUUGUUUUCUGUAUCAAUUCCAUAAAUUGUGAAGCUCCUACACUAAGCUUAUAUAAAUAUAUUGGACACCUAGUGAAAUUAUUAGAAGAUAUAGUGUAGCUUAUGUGUUUACAUGCAAAAUAAAAAUGCAAUAUGUGAAUGAGAUAUGCAUUUCUUUAGUGUUUUAAAUUAUACAUAAUCUGUUUAAUUUUUUUUAUUGUUGAAUCCUUUUCAUUAUUGGCUUUAUGUUGUCAGUCUUUAAACUUGCUCAUUUAUUUAAAGUUAUUACUUAUGUCGUGACCUUGAUAAAAAGGUAAAAAUUGAGCUAAGUGUCUUUCAGUACCUUUUAAACUGCCAUUGUAUGCCAACUUAAUUUUAAAGCCUUAUUAUAUAUUUUUAAUGUACAAAAAAAUAUUGCAUUUUAAUUUAUAAUAUAGUAUUUAGAUUUAUGUUAAUUGUUUGCAAUAUUUUAGUCUUUCAUCAGAUCACUAUCUUUAAAUUCUACAUCAGUUUCCUGUACAUAUCUCACACAAACUGUAUUUCACAAGUCUUCUGUUGUAACAUUGUUGUGUAAAUACAAAUAAAUUUAUCCAUACCAUCA